ACUCAACUUCCAACAUUAGACACGCUCAUUUGCUCUUCAUUCAGUCCUACAUUUUGUCGAUUUGAGAAGUUUGACCGUAGUGACUGUGCGUAGAUAAUAGGUGUCACCGCCAUUUUCUAUUCUGCCUUCCUCAGCUACCGAGACUACCUAUUGUCUCCAGACCUUUGACCGGUGAUCGAGUUGCGCACUCUUUAUCAAAAGUGUAGUCCAUACUUGAUUUCUCAUCACUCGCUUUUAUUGCUUAUGUGACCUCAGUCACUUGUAUUCACAAUCUUAUUGAAAUAAUGCGUCUAUCUUCAGACAAGGCGUUCACUGCAGGUCCCUAUUAGCAUUAUUCAGUCGCACUUCCAGACGCGCACUCCUAGUCAGAGUUCUAAAAUGGCGGGCACUUCUAAACGUUGUAUCACUUCAGUGGCUGACUCGCGACCGAACAAGAUUCAGAAACUUGAGAUCUUUGAGGAGCUUGGAGAACCUGCAAAUUUGGGCACCUCACUCAGCAAUCCUAUCAUUGUCGACGAUGAUGACGAUGAUGAGUACUUAGGAUGGGAAGCUUCGUUCGAGAGAAGGAACUUCGCAUUUAGUGACAUCACCGAGGUUGAUAUAUUCGGAAAUCCAAUAUUUAACCCAUCUAUGACCUUGACAGAUUUGGAAUCAGAUGGAUUCGUAGAAUUAAUUACUUCUCCAACCUAUUUAUUCUAUCACGACACUGGUAGAGGGGCAGAAACACCAGCGUUUCGCUCGUUACCUAUAGUUGCCAACGACCAAGCUUCUGGAAAAGCAAGACAGAGCGAAUUGUUAGCACUAUCCAGUGGUUGGCCGAGGUUAAAGGAUGACCGAGUUGUCAAUGUCUAUCUCGAGGGUGAAUAUUUCCGAGACUCGAAAUUCGACCGCCACUGCCACCUUCACAUUUGUCACAAUGGUGCGCCGGACCUCGACACGCUCCAGCUUUCGGAUGUGCGUCGAGAGCUAGCACGGAUUCUAGGCAUAGAAGACCCGUUUACCUUGCAAAUCGAAGUCCAGCAUGCAAAAGCACAUGCCAAGGCCAAUAUAUUUAGUCGUGGCCUCUGCAAGCGUUUCAAUGCCGCUUGGGACGAUACAACUAUAGACGACCGCAGCUCAUUGAGAAAGGCGCUCCCGUCUUCGGACGCUUGGCUUCGUGUCCGGACCUGUGACUACAUUAUUAUUGAAAUUACCACCAAAGAUAUAUCGUGUGCAAUUACGCCAUCCGAUUCUACUACUAUCCAUCAGGUGCGACAGCUUAUUGCCUCCAUUGCUGACACGGCAGUCGGUGCAAUACACAUGUAUACCUCAGAUGUGGAACUUGUCGACAAUAUGGACAGGUUAGACUCUUUUGACUUUACUUGCGGCUCAAGAAUCAAAGCGGUCAUUGAAACGCGAGAGUGCGUUAAUUGUUACGACGACGUGGGAUAUGCAGAUUUCCCUCUUGAGUCAACAACUGAGGAGUGUCUUCAUGAGCUAAAUAUCUGCAAAAGCUGUAUAUCAACCUGGAUUACCACUUGCCUCAACAACGGUAACUGGAAUCAUAUUACAUGUCUCUCAGCCAACUGUGGAGCUGUCCUACAGUAUGGCGAUAUCAAGAGGGCUGCAACUGACACGGAUAUGCAACGAUACGAGCGAUUUUCAAUGCGAGACGCUCUCUCAGAGAUUCCUGGAUUUAGAUGGUGCCUCUCCCCAACAUGUGAUGCUGGCCAAAUACACGAGAACAGCGAAGGUACGGAACAGAUCCUGACCUGUAUAGCAUGUGGUUUCAAGCGAUGUACUGCUUGUGAUCGCGAAUGGCAUCAGGAUGAAACAUGCAAACAGUAUAGUGACAGUUUAGCUGUGCAGCCCUCGGAAAUAAACGCGUCUGAGGCUUGGAUCGUCAAUAACAGCAGGAAGUGUCCCGGAUGUCAGAGCCCUAUUCAGAAGGUAAAUGGCUGCGAUCAUAUGACAUGCACACGCUGUCUCAGGCAAUUCUGUUGGAUAUGUAUGGCCGAUUACCGAGACAUUCAUCGCAAUGGCAAUGCAGGUCAUGCACAAGAUUGCCGAUACUAUUCUGGUAAUAUUCCGGAUCCUCAUGCCCCUAAUAAUGCUCACCCUCAUGCACGCUUAGCUGCCCCUGCUCGACGAAGGCGUCCGCGUGCGAGACGAGCGGCAGCGAUUCCUCAGCCUGUGAACAAUGCAGCUCCUCAAGUAAGUCUUCGACCUCCAGUGCGUUUGACAGAAAAAUACAACAGUAUCCACAUCAUUGCUUUCUGAUAUUUUUUUCCUUUUCCAUCAAAUAAGUUUUGCAAUGGCGCUCUGUAAUAGCACCCUAACAAUGCUAGCCUAUCUCACACGUCGAUCGGUCCAUACCAGCAAUGGAAGUUGAACAGCAGGUGCAGGCAGAGUCAAAUAAUAAUAUUGGUGGCUUCGUGCCACAUGUUGUUCCUGACGUCUUAGCAGAAAGGCCUGCACCCACUGCGUUUGUUACUCAAAUGAACCAUGCCGCGCAUCACAGCUCGAUUCAGUUCUUUCAAACACCUGCUUUGCAGCAUCUACAGGAGCUUCACAAUGUGACAACCCCUCAGUUCAUUUACAAUGCACCAAUUUCAGUAGGACAGGACCAAGUAAACCGAAACAUCUUUAACGGCGUGCUGAUUACGCACUAUCAGGAGCCCCGAGAGAAUGGCUUGUUUCGCCAAUACAAUCCUGAGUUCAACAACAUUUUACAACACAAUCUUGACUUCGCACAGUACCAAUACACGCUUGGCGAUCAUCCCGCUUAUCAAUCUUAACACCUUUUGUUUCUUCGACAACAAUAAUGAAACUGACGUUUUUGAAUGAUAGCUAAAUUGAAUGAAUUGCUUGAAUGUAAUCUAUAUAUUAAUAUUUCGGCACUGUCGGAACAGCAAGAAAAUAACGGGCGUACAAGAGGGGAAUUACAUUAAUACCUGCUUGUCUACGAUAUUGGAUUACUUUCACUGAGGGGUGAACCCACGGGCCAACAAACUCGAUUAGAGCGAGAAUAUUUACUGCAGAAAUUAGAAGC